AUGGAGGUGCGGGCGCAUGAGGCGACUGGCCGGAACAGGGGAAGGACGAGCGGCGGCACGACGGCGGCAAGGGUGGUGGAGAGGAAGGAGGCGGAGAGGGAGAGGAGGCAGCACAUGAAGGCGCUCUGCGCCAAGCUCGCCUCCCUCAUCCCAAAAGAACACUUCGCCAACCCUGAUACAAUGACCCAGCUAGGCAGCCUAGACGAGGCUGCGUCAUACAUCAAGAAGCUCAAGGAGAGGGUUGAUGAGCUGCGGCAUAGGAGGAGCUCUGCGCAAGCAAUGGCUGCCACAAGAGGGGCUAGUGGCGCCUCAAUACCAGCCACCACCCCUACCACGAGAGGCGGUGCGGGGUCACCAGAAGGAGAGAAACAUUGGGAGGAGUCUGCACCGGUGGUGGAGGUGCGGCAACACGACGUUACGAGCAUGCAUGUGGUGCUGGUAUGCAGCACACAGAGGCCUAUAAUGCUCCACGAGGUGAUCAGAAUCCUCGAGGAAGAAGGAGCCGAUGUCGUCAAUGCCAAUCACUCCGUUGCUGGUGACAAAAUCUUCUACACCAUAAACUCCCGAGCCUUAAGCUCGAGAAUUGGCAUAGAUGUUUCAAGUGUUUCUGAACGGCUGAGGGCAUUGGUAUGA